AUGAAGAAUUCUUCCAUCUUCGUUCUCGCCGGUCUGUUGACUUCGGUCGCCGGCCAUGGUUACCUUACCAUCCCAUCGAGCAGAACGAGGCUAGGAUUUGAGGCCGGCAUCGACACAUGUCCCGAAUGUUCGAUCCUGGAGCCCGUAGCAGCAUGGCCAGACCUCGAAGCCGCGCAGGUCGGUCGCUCCGGACCCUGCGGCUACAACGCCAGAGUCAGCGUCGACUACAACCAGCCCAGCAAUAACUGGGGCAAUUCUGUAGUCGCGACAUACACUGCCGGGGACACCAUCGACGUCGAAUGGUGUGUUGAUCACAACGGUGACCACGGUGGCAUGUUCACCUACGGAAUCUGCACCAACCAAACGCUCGUCGACCUCUUCUUGGAUCCGGACUAUCUACCUACCAACGAUGAGAAGCAAGCCGCCGAGGAUUGCUUUCUCGCCGGGGAACUGAAAUGCAAAGACGUUGCGGGCCAGAGCUGUGGGUAUAACCCUGACUGCUCGUCGGGUCAGAGUUGCUAUCAGAAUGACUGGUUUACAUGCAAUGCUUUCAAUGCCAAUUCGAAUCGCGGUUGUCAGGGUGUGGAUGGUGCCGCGCUUAAUUCGUGCAAGACCACGAUUGCGGGUGGAUACACUGUGACGAAGAAGAUUAAGAUCCCCAACUACUCGUCAAAGCAUACCCUGCUACGCUGGAGAUGGAACAGCUAUCAAACCGAGCAGGUCUAUCUAGGCUGUGCAGACAUCGCCAUCACAGGCGGCUCAGGGUCCUCGACCACCACUACGGGCAGGACCAGCACCAGUAUCAAAACAUCGAGCACCAUAUCCUCCACAACCUCGUCCGCCACCUGCACAGCUGCCACCAGCGUAGCUGUGACCUUCAACCACCUCGUCACGACAUCCUACGGACAGAAUAUCUACCUCACCGGAUCGAUCAGUCAGCUUAGCUCGUGGUCAACGUCCUCUGCCAUCGCUCUCUCGGCCUCUUCGUACACAUCUUCCAAUCCGUCGUGGAAGACAACGGUGACUCUGCCACCUGGCACGACCUUCGAGUAUAAGUUCCUUAAGAAGGGAUCUGACGGAACGGUGGUGUGGGAGAGUGAUCCGAACCGCUCGUAUACUGUUCCGAGUGGGUGUGCAACUGCGGCUACGGUGGCUGCGACUUGGAGAUAG